AUGGCGUCUAUAGGAGCCGUCAUAGAGGCUAAAUUUGGUGUUUAUAACACGUGUAUUAUACGUGUAAUAAUACGUGUAUAUGAUAUUCUAACACACACGUAUCACUUGUGUACCUUCCUCUUCUCUUACACUGAUGCACCAUCUUCCUGGAUCAUAUUUCAUUCCACUGUAUAUUAUUCUCCAGCUGGUACUGAUGCUGUAACUACAGUAACUGGAUACAGAGGAGGAUCAGUUCAGAUUAAAUGUCCCUAUGAAUCUGGAUAUGAAGAUAACAACAAAUAUCUCUGCAGAGGUGAAUGUUCCUAUGUGGGGAAUAAAGACAUUCCUGUUAAAUCUGGAUCUCCUGCUGAAGACCCCAGAUUUUCUCUGUAUGAUGACAAAACAGCCCGAGUCUUCACCGUCAGCAUCACUGAUCUGAGACCUGAGGAUGGAGACACUUACUGGUGUGUGAUAGAGCGGACAUUGAAAGAUAUUUACACAGAGAUUCUACUGCAGGUUAAAACAGUUGAUCCCACCAUCAGUUCUGUCUCACACACCACACACUUCACUCCAACCCAUGGGGACACGACACAUUCAGUAACAGAUAAGUUACUAACUUAUACUCUCCACAAAACCUCCAUCACUCCCUCAUCUCAGGGAUUCACAACUAUACCCCAAGUCACAACUGUUGUGUCUGUUGCUCUAGUGCUGCUUCUCAUUGGCCUUUUAUCAGCUGGAGUGAUACGGUGGAAAAAAAAGACCAAAGGCUCUGGAACAGUGACACAAUCUACCAGAGAGACAAAUGAAGAUUAUGAAAAUGAUCAAAAUUUACUUCCUGUUCAAACAAGAGUAAAAGUCAGUUUACCUGAAUCUGUCUACAUAGGUUUAGACCCAACCACCUGCCAAUCAGAUUCAGUCUAUCAGACUCUGUCAAGUACUAAUAACCAAUCAGAUUCAGUCUAUCAGACUCUGUCAAGUACUAAUAACUAAUCAGAUUCAGUCUACCAGACUCUGUCAAGUACUAAUAACCAAUCAGAUUCAGUCUACCAGACUCUGUCAAGUACUAAUAACCAAUCAGAUUCAGUCUACCAGAUUCAGUCCCAUAUCAAAAAACAUUAAGAUUCUUGAUACUUCUGUUCACCAUCCAAGUGGACUGGUUUGAGCUGUCAAACUGAUUAAUGUAGCCCCAUUGUUUGUUUUUUUUUUCUUUUUCCUGUGAAUUUACUCUUUUGUGCUUCGGAUCUUUUCAAUAGUUUUUUUUUUUUUUUAUGGAGGACAAAUCACACACUCUUUGCAUUGUAUGUUUGCUAGUGGAGCUCUCAAGGUAGCUGGUCACGUGAAUUAUGAGAGUUGCUCUCUGAAAAAAUUCAGCUCAUGUCUGGCUUUAUUUUCAAGCCUGGCACUUGAUUCCCAUGUUUCAGGCCAUGGCUCAUCAUGGGGCUCACAGUUGGUGGAGUAUGAGAUAGUGAAUCCUCUUUCUCUUUCACUCUCCUGCAACUCCAAAGGUCACAUUUUGGACUUUGAAGCUUGUUUCACAAUUUCUUCCUAUCGAAACAACAACCUAAUGUUGUCUUUUACAUCCUUUGAACAGUUGGUAAAGUGUUGUAAUCCCCAAAUCAGAUUUAAUAGGUAUUUGCAACUUUGGAACUUUAUCGAAUUGAAUUUUAAUUAUUUCUCAUAUUGCCCUCCAACUUCUUUAAUGUAAAUCAGUCCAAAAACAGGCUCUAAGCAGGAUCUACAGUAUGAUGCACUUAACAUGUAUGAUUCAACAUCUUUAGAUCUACUCAAUAAUAAUACAGAGACAGGCGUAGACGAGCCAUAUUCAGAAAACUGGUACAAAAUAAUUCAGAGAAUUUUUUAAUCAGCCAUUUGCCUUAGACAUUCUGUAAUACAAUUUGGACUAAAGUCAGACUUUUUAAGAUUAAAGCUGGCAGAUCCCACAUGAUAGAUCAGUGUUACUCAUUGCACGGCCCGCAAGCCUCCUGCGGCUCGCCAAACUUUAAUGUGCAGUAAAUGGCAGUAAAUAAUACGAUGAUAUGAUCAUGUGGUUAAAAUUUAUUUUUCAUUUAAAUAACAAUUUUUCAUUUUCAUUUAAAUAAAAAUUAUAUAUAUAUAUGUUACGGGUGUCGAGCCAUAACACAACGUACAUAUAUAACCUGUAUUGUGUGUGUGUGUGUGUGUGUGUGGUAUUAUAGUUUAUUACUAAUUAUCAUCCUGUCCCCAUAUAUUUUAUUGCCCCUACACCACUCCAUGAAAGUGUUUUUUUAACAACCAUUUAGUCAGCUAAGUUUAUUGAUCAUGAAUAUAUACUGUAUCGUGUGCUGAUGGUGUGAGUUGCCAUGCUGGACAUGUUGGUCUGAAGUCAUAUGAUAAACUCUGGGAUGAAGAGACCCUCCUGACUCUCUGAGUAGGAAUUCUGAGUUGAGGUCCUAGUUUUCUUUGUUUUUCCUCUGAGUUCUGAGCUUUAGUCAAACACAGCAUGACGUCCUGAUUGGCACACUGUGAUCCUGGAAUAGACUCCUGACUCACUGUGACUCUGACCAGGAUGAAGCACAUGUAUAUAUCACAGUACAGCUACUUUAACCAGCCAAAAGCUACUUAAAUACAUUGUUUUAUUUUGUCUCACUGCAAAUUAACAUAUAAAACAUAUGAUGUCACUUUGGAUGUGAAGAACUCAUGUCAGUAUUUAAAUAUAUUUACUCUGUGUGUGAAUUCUGUAACCACAUGACUGUUAUUGUGAAUAAAGGACAAACUUCUGCUGCAA